UAGUAUUGAUCUCCUUUUGUCCUCCUUUAGGAGCAAUAAAGGAGAUUUUUUAAUUUUUCGUAGCUUAAAAAUCGUACUUUUGAUUCAAAAAUUACAAUUUAACGGGAAAUAAUAACUGUUAAUUUUUGUCUUCAAGCAAUUGUUCAUUUCAACUGUGUUUUUUAAAGCGUGCAGACAUAAAUAAAAUGACGUCACAAAAUAAUUUUUUAUUCAAUUCUCUCGAAUGCGGAAGUUCUUCAAUUUUAAGUGGAGAAAAUAUCAAUGUGUCCACCAUUACUUCCCGAAACACCUCCUCCUGGCAGAAAAACAUGGAACAAAGAAUACGGAAGCUAGAGGAAAUAUCGGCGCAGAACACUAUACUCCUGGAGCGGAUUAUUGACAUAUUGCAACCGAAGAAGAUUGAUUUAAUGAUAUUUCCUAUUAAAAGCAUAAAUGAUUUAGCAUCUACAGAGUCCUUGCUUUUGAAUAAGCCUGAGGCAGAAAUUGUGGCGUAUCUGAAGCAAAAAUUUUCAAAGAGACCCCUAUCAAAAAUUUUGGCUGAAGUGAUUGCGGAGUCCCUGCUCUUAAAAGUGAAUUGGGAUGGAGCCAAAAAAAAAGUUGCAUUGAAGAAUUAUGCACUUUUCAAUAAAUUUCUUUACGAGGCCUUAAAAGAUGACUACUCAUACCCUGAUUUUGAGGCAAAGAUCAAAAAGGCGUUUCUCAAAUGUAAGGCUCAGUUCUACAGGAACACUUAUAAUAUAAAAAAAAAAAAAUAAUA